AUAAAGAUACAAAAUAUUUGCGAGACAGAAGACGAAGAUAGUGAGAAAGAAGUGUUAAAAAGAACGAUAAUAAAAAAAGACUUUAGAGUGUUAAAACAAAUUGAUUUGGCAAUUCUCUCGCAGAUUCGUAAUACUAAAGUUUUUCGUACUAUUAAUCUUGAAACUCAACUUGUCCGCGUCAGAAAUGAAAUAACGCUAUCUCGCAAUGGAGAUUCGGAAUACGUGUUUACAGUUGAAGAAGAGCCCGCCAAGAAUCUAGCAUUCAUAUCCGCAUACAUUGAUGGAAAGCCAGGCGUAAUCCGGAAGGAAUCAUCUGAAAAGCAUGAUCGCUUUAUAAUCACUCUCACCGGGUCAUCUGGUUCCAUAAAACUUACAAUAAACACUGUAUUUGCUGGGAUUCUUACUCCAAAGCCACCAUUUAUAGCACAAGCUGAAAAACAAUUCGUUAAAUACAUUGGCAAUGUGUUUUUGUAUUCUCCGUAUGACACUGAAACGCAACAGACCCUCGUUAUUCUACCUAAGGGAGAAGUCCUUUCGUACAAUGAAAAUGAAGUGCCAGUUUCCAAGACUUCCGAAAGACUAACGUAUGGUCCAUAUUCUUCCAGGCCUCCUCAUUCCCAUAUUCCCUUGAUAAUUCAUUACGAAAGUAGGGCACCUUUCUUAACCGUUACCUCUUUGCUACGUCACAUUGAAGUAUCUCACUGGGGAAAUAUUGCAGUGGAAGAAACAAUUGAGAUAAUUCAUCAUGGAGCCAAACUGCGAGGGCCAUUCUCGCGAUACGAAUAUCAGCGGGGUAUUGGCAAGCACGCAUCUGUAGAGUCGCUCAAAACAUUGCUCCCUUCCUCUGCCAAAGACGUUUACUACAGGGAUGAAAUCGGAAAUAUCAGCACAAGUGAUAUCAGAGAUGCUUUCGAUGCGAUUGAGCUGGAAUUGCGCCCGAGAUUCCCUCUUUUUGGAGGUUGGAAAACCAAAUACACUAUCGGUUACAACGUUCCCGCGCACGAAUACUUGUACAGAAAAGAUGAUCAAUUCGGACUGAGAAUGAGACUUGUUGACCAUAUCUAUGAUAGUCAAUACGUGAAAGAAAUAAUUGUCAAAGUGGUACUCCCUGAGUCAGCCUACGAUUUAUCAUUGCGUAAACCUUAUCCCGUGGAUGAAUCUCAUGAAGUCUUAAAGACAUACCUUGAUACAUUUGGCAGACCUGUUAUCGUUCUUAAGUCUAACGAUCUUGUCGAGGAGCAUAUUCAGGACUUUUCGGUACUCAUUUAUUUGCGACUUAUCAUAUUUUACCGCUUCAACAUGUUUAAUAUGAUCAGAGAACCGAUGAUGAUCACAACGGCUUUUAUGGCCAUUUUUAUUUGUGCAAUUAUUUAUGUCAGAUUAGAUUUCUCUUUAUACAAGGACGAAACGGGCGAAGUAAGACUUAAGACACAGACAAUCGUGGAUGAAGUCCAAUCCAUACAGGAAAAAAGGACCGCUCUAUAUCAGGUCUAUGUAGACGCGAUCUCGAGAUACAAGUUUUCUAAGGACAUUUCCCGAUUUAACACGGAUCGCCGGAAAAUAGAGACAGAUCAAAAGGCGCUAAGCCACAAGCUUAGCGCACUGCAGACACAAAUGUCAGAAUGUUGGAGCGAAGGAGCAGAAAAACUCAAUGACCUCCAAAGUUUGGACCAGCGCUAUCGAGAACUUAUGAACGAGAGUGUUCAACUUGCUGAACGUCUUCUUGCGAGUAAAAUCACUAAGCCUCAAUACCAGACCCUGGAAGGUGACCUGACAGCCAAGAAGCUAGAUCUGAUUGAGAAGAUAAGCCACAUCAUGGAUAAUUUGUGA